AUGACUUACCAUUAUUCUGAGCCACUCUUAACUCUCGCUGACAAUGUGCAGAACUUUCUGUUCAUCUGUAUGAAAACUGUAGUGUCAGUGGAACUACUCUGCUCAAAGUGCGGGCAAAAGGUGAUGAAGUUAAUUGCAGAACUAGGAGGGAUAACUUCCAUUGUCUUGGACCCAUCAAAGAAUACAGUAACAGUCAUUGGUGAAGCUGAUCCAGUGAAGAUCAUCAAGCAGGUUAGAAAGUUCAGGAAAACUGCGAGGAUCGAUAGUGUAGGGCCUCCCAAGGAGGAGAAGAAGGAUGAGAAGAAAGAUGUCAUUACUUACACUACAAAGCCAUGUCAACAUUGUGAUGUUUGGUAUGUGGUCAGUGACGAUAAGUACCAGUACUGUUCCAUUAUGUAA